AUGUGCGAUUCCAAGAAUGCGAUGAUGCAUCAGUAUAGUGCAGAAAAUUACUAUUCUUUUGGCACAGGAAACAGUCACUUUGGACCAGAGCGCGGAUAUCGUAAAAUUCGCCCCAUUAUUGCUGGAAAUGCCGCGCGUGAGAGAUCUAGGGUGAAAACUUUGCGUAGUGCGUUUCUAGACCUGCAAAGAACACUUCCGGCAGUUCCACCCGAUACUAAACUUUCUAAGUUAGACGUACUGGUGUUGGCAACCACAUAUAUUGCCCAUUUAAUGCGGACUUUGAACGAGGGAGUAGAUGACAAUCAGCUGUUUGCAGCCAAUGGUAUAAUGCAUCCUGUAAAGAAGUGGCCAAUGCGGUCCCGUCUUUACGCCGGAAUUCUAACUAGUGCGUGUCCAGUGUUACGUCCUCCAAGUCCAACUACAGUCCCCUCCCAGCCACACCCCUCACUCCCCACCGGACUGGGGGAACCUUCUCCUCCAUGGAAAUCGCCCCAAGGGUCAAAAUCGCCCUACUCAGGUUACCAGUCAACUUUGUGAACAUUUUCCUGUGAUUUACAUAUCCAAUUUUUCAUCAUUAUAACGUUGUUUUGUUCGUUCCGUGUGUUUCGUAAAUACUGCUAUUAUGUAGACUG